AUGUCAACGAAGAUUUUGUUUAUUUUAUUUUAUUGCGCGCUAGUUACAUGUUAUAAUAAAAUCAAUAUUAUUGGAUCUUUUGCGAAUCACAAUUGGAAGCCAACAUCGAUAUUAGCUCCGAAUUUGUGUUGGGACGAUUUUGAGGUAAAGGAAUUAACGAAGAUGCUUAAUAAAAUUGGAAUAAAUGUUGCCCAGUCACUACAACAGAACCGCACCGAAUAUUUUCUACAGCAUUGUUUGAUUGUGGCCGAUUUCGAUUGUGGACACACUGAAGAUUUUUUGAUGAAGGCGAACGGAGAAGGUUACUUCAAAUCGCCGUACCGAUGGCUGUUGAUCAAUUCAAAUGGGCACAACACGGAUGUAUUGCGAAAAUUGGAUGUGCUGGUUGACAGUGACGUUGUUAUAGCCAAACGAAUCAAUGAAGACGAGGUUUUAUUCGAAGAAGUGUACAAAAUUUCGGAGAGCUCCAAUAUAACAUACCUUAAUAACAGAGCUAUGUGGUCUUUCAAAUACAACCUGAAAAACUUAACAGCUUCUUCAGUCGCUCUGAAAGAAAAUUCAACUAGCAUUGAUACAAAUGAUCCUAAUAUUAGCUUAAAAGAAAAAGUCCACAAAAUAGGCGAAAUAGAAGAUUACACAAAAAAUAAAGUUUUAUCUUCUAGAAGAGUUAAUUUGAAAAGCCACACUUUGACAAUGGUAAAUGUUAUAACGGACAGUAAUGAAACAAGAAAACAUAUGGACGACAGAAUGAAUCUUCAUCAAGAUUCAAUAACGAAAAUGUCAUAUGCCAUCGUCAGGAUUUGCUUUGAAAUGUUGAAUGCGACUGAAAAAUUAAUGUUUACACACACUUGGGGCUACAGAGACAAGCAAGGGAGAUGGCAGGGUGUCGUCGAUCAUUUGAUUAAGAAAGAAGCUGAUUUAGGUACUUUAACCAUCUUCACACAGGAACGAAUGGAUCGCGUUGAUUAUAUAGCAAUGGUGGGUUCUACGGCGGUGAGGUUCGUCUUCCGGGAGCCGCCUCUGGCAUACAUCUCCAAUAUCUUCGCAUUACCGUUCAAUACUAAUGUCUGGUUAGCCAUAUUGAUAUGCGUGCUCGGUUGCUCUGGGUUUUUGUAUGUGACUUCCAAAUGGGAAGCCAGCAUGGGAAUGCAUCCACUGCAAAUGGACGGGUCAUGGGCAGACGUGUUAAUACUAAUAAUUGGGGCUGUACUCCAACAAGGGUGUACUCUUGAGCCAAGAUAUGCGGCGGGGAGAUGCGUGACAUUGAUACUCUUCGUUGCCCUGACGAUACUGUACGCUGCGUAUUCAGCCAACAUAGUUGUCUUAUUAAGAGCUCCGAGUUCUUCGGUCAGGUCUUUGCCAGACCUCCUGAACUCUCCGUUGAAACUUGGAGCCAGUGACUUUGAAUACAAUCGGUACUUUUUUAAAAAAUUAAACGAUCCAAUAAGAAAAGCUAUUUACGACAAAAAAAUUGCGCCCAAAGGUAAGAAGCCCAAUUUCUACAGCAUGGAAGAUGGAGUCGAGAAAAUAAGGAAGGGUCUAUUCGCGUUCCACAUGGAACUGAAUCCGGGCUACAGGCUGAUUCAGGAGACGUACCGAGAGGACGAGAAGUGCGAUCUGGUGGAAAUUGAUUACAUUAAUGAAAUCGAUCCCUGGGUGCCCGGACAGAAAAGGUCACCUUUCAAAGACCUGUUCAAAAUAAACUUCCUCAAGAUCCGCGAAUCGGGUAUUCAAGCGGCCAUACACCACCGUCUGCACGUGCCCAAGCCCCGUUGCUCGGGAACUGUCUCCACGUUCAGUAGCGUCGGCAUCACCGACAUGUACCCGGCCAUGCUAGCGACCUUGUAUGGAAUGCUGCUCGCCCCGGCCGUUUUACUUGUGGAGAUAGCGCACAUGAAACUGAUGCUUGUCAGAAUGAAGAAGGCUGGUACCGAAAAUGCUUACGUCACGCCCUUCGUCAAUUGA